UCCAGCGCCGCCGUUAGCUCAUCAACGCUACCAUCUAUGCCUUUUCUGUUAGCCUGGUCUUCAAGCUUCUUGCGCAGCAAAGUGUGUGCAAUACGUGGUAGUAUUCCAAUGGGAAUAGGUCAUAACGUCCAGAGAGUGCAUCAUCGAGUGUUGCUGGUUCUCUGUGGGUGA